AUGACAGCUCGCAGUAAGACAAGCCAUGGGAGAGUAUACGGAAUAAGCAGUGUGCAGCUACGAAAUUUCAACCCGACAGAGCCAAUCUAUGCAUCUCUUUCACACAGCGUGGACAUGCACAUGCGUAUCUCCGGUUUGGAGGUUCAUUCUGAAGCUCUCAAGUCAAACAUUAAUGAACUUAAACAAGAUGUGGUGGCGAUGAAGAUUGGAACCACUCCUCCUGCUGCUGCUGCCCGUACAGCUUAUCCUCCUCCCGCUGAUGUGUCUACACCUUCAGCUCAUCAUGCUAAGACCACAAACCCGACUCAAGAACAAUCCCCACUAGAUAAGUGGUGUGCUGAUUUAUUAGGAGAAUCGUGUCAAAUGAAAACCAUCCCACACCCAAUGUAA